AUGCCUUUUUUUAUUAUAUUUUUACAGGGUUUACUUAUGAACUAUGAGGAUUGGCCUAAAUCAACAGUAACAGAACAAAAGUCAAGUGAAGAUCUGUCUCUCUUUCGUGGCAAAAGUCAAGGAAGACAAGCAUGGCAUUAUGUUAUUGUUCCUCAACACAAUUUUACUAUUGUACAGGCGUUGAAAGGAAAUUCGACUGCCAAUGUCACAGACUUGGGUAGAAUCGUUCAAUAUCGAAACAACCGAGAUGAAAUCAAAAAUAUGUCUGGAUGGGGUGAUAAUCCACCAAGAAUAAUUCAAAAUUGGCUUAGUACUCAUUAUAGUUCAGCUGCUGUAGAUGAAAAUAUCAGCUUGACUGACACAAAUGAUGACAUCCGGCUAUGCACAAUGCAACGUGCAAUACCCGAACAACGACUUGAAAUUGGACUUCAUUAUUUUAUACCACAAAAGUUCUAUUAUAUAAAAUUAAUUGAGGACUCACCAUCGAGUUUAGCUCGGCGAGCAGGACUAAAAUCGUAUGAUCGAGUGAUUUUUCUUAACGGUGUCAAUAUUGAAAAUGACAGUCCAAUGCAGUUUGACCAUCGCUUUGAUAUUGAUCGACAUUGUCCAGUUCAAAUGCUUGUUUGUAGUCCAGCUACAUAUGAUCAUUAUAAAGCUAAUAAAAUGAAUUUUUCAUGUGAUCUUCCAUCUGUUCAACGUUUAAAACCAAUAUAUGCAACAUCAACAUCCAAUUCGCAUACUGAUAUACCAACCGUUAGGUUUGAUAAUGAAACUUUUUACGCUGUCCAAUGGGAAAGUAGUAACAUUAUUUCUACAGUACCUCAAUCAGCAGUUUUCAAAUCAUCUGAAUUUACGAAUAUAAAUGAUAUCUGUAUUAUUGAAAUAGAGAACGAACAAUAUCAAAAAGGAAAAAUUGUUUUUAGAGGUUCACGAGAUGAGUGCGAUAAGUUAAAUACAUCUCCGAUUUCACUAGCAAUUCAUGAUGUUUCUAACAGGAUAGAUAAUUUAUCCGUUAGAGAAAAAUCAAGUAUUUCGGGUCUCACUGUUGAGAAAUUUUUAUGCUCAUUAGAUGGAACUGUUACAACAUCAUCACAGAAACUACAAGCUGAUACAGAGCCAAAAGAAAUAACUAUUCACAAUAUAAAUAUUGGUACACAAAUGAGUUCGAUCAUUGAAAAUCGCCAAGAUAUUCCGAAUGGUUCACAUGCUAUCCUUGAAGAUCUUCCAAAUGAAUUAUUUUAUUAUAUAUUUACUUUGAUUGAUAUUCAAGAUUUAUAUAAAGCUUUUUGGGGAUUAAAUUCAAGAUUGAACAACAUUUUUCAAUUCUGUCAAAAUCUAUCGUUAGUUUUCGAUGAUAAAGUUGAUCCAGUAUUGAUGAAAUUCUAUGCUCCUUACGUCACUCAUUUAGUAAUUCAAACUUCUACCUAUUGUGAUUUCAAUCAAUUUCCUAACCUACGUGUACUGACAUUGUGUAUUGAAAACUCACGACAACUUUCACAGAUUCACCCUGAUACGAUUCCCAAUUUGACACAUCUAUCGUUUUUGUCGGGAUCUCAAUUUACUUUACCAGAAAAAUUAACUCGGCAGAUAUUCUCUAAUGAAUUUCCAUUACUUGGUUAUGUUAAUCUUGGUCGUAUCAAAGAAUCUAUUUCUGAUUCAUGGAUUAUGUCUUCUCAUCUUCGAUUUGUAUCCAUUCUUUCUUGUAGACCGAUGUUUAUUCCAGUUAUUUUAGCUUCAUGUCCUAAUCUUGAUCAUCUUCAAGUUCAUGUUAUUUGCGAUGAUAAUACUGCCACUUCAUCAUCACAAGUUAAUCAUCCGCUUCGACGAUUGACGCUUUGGAGUGAUUUUAACGAAUUACCUUUUGAUAUUAUUGAUAAAAUUCUUAUUUAUACACCUAAUGUCAAACAUUUAUACCUACAAACAAUAUAUUCAAAGUCAUUGAUUGAUUUAGCUCAAAGUUUGAUCAAUCGGUUGCAUAAUUUAUCUCAAUUUGACUGUCAUAUUCAAGAAAUGUUGGGAAAAGAUGAGAGAAUUCAUGAUUUAACUAAUUUACAUCAAGUUCAUCCAUGUUUCAAUCGAAUUCAAUCAAUAGAAAAAGAGGACACAUGUCGAAUUUUUGUCACUAAAUAA